AUGGUCAAACGAAAGAGGUCACGUCAGAGCGAUCUCGAGCAGAAGCUCACGGAAGCGAGAACGGAGAUUUUCCGCGCCCUGAAAGGCGCCAAAGGCCUCGAGCGCCAGAGGUACAGCAAGCGCUUGCGCGACGACAAGUCUACGCCAGACAAGAUCAAGAGAUUGGAGCGUGAGGUGCUAGUUCUCAAGUCUCUCGACCUACAACAAACCGCCGACACCCACCUCAACUCCGCCCUCCUCAAAAUCAAGCAACUCGCCGAGCACCCCUCGCUACCCGAAACCGUCAAGCAAGGCAUUCCAAAACCCGAAUUAUCGGAAGAUGAGAAGGCGGCGCUGCACAAUGUCACCAGCGGCUUGUUCAACCGCAUUCAUGUGAAAGAAGCCGUCGACAAAGCCGUGCGAGCGGUGUGCUUGGUCCUCAACGUGCCCAUACCGGACAGGAAGAAGAAGGGCAAGAAGGGCGCUGAAAAUGAGUCCAAGGCGGUAGAGAAGGACGACGAGCCCAGAGAGGCGAAGAGGGCCAAGACGGACGCAGCGGAGGAUGUCUCUGACACGAAAGCCCAUUCUAAGGCUGAGAAGGAGGAGGAGACAAACCCCUUCGACGAAAUGGACGACGAGAUCCCGACCGAUAGUGAUGCCGAGGAUGCCGAGAUCGAAGGAGAUGGCGAUGAUGUCGACGAGGAGGAUGAGGAGAAGGCGCUCGAGAAGAUGGAGGCUAUGCUUGGUGGCUCAGACGAGGAAGAGAGCGGGGAUGAGGAUCUGAGGGCUAAGUACCAGGCGCUCCUCGGCGAGGUUGGUGACGGAGACACAGCAGACGAUGAAAGCAACCCCGACGAGGAGGACGAAGAGAUGGAGGAUCGGGACGACGACGAGGGCAACGACUCGGAUCGGCAGAGAAGAAUCAACGCGGCCAACGUGUCCCUCUCCCCGUCACCCCCGCCAGAAAGCCACAGGAAGAAGGAGGCUAGGGCCAAGAAGCCGACAGGCAAGCCCGGAGCGACGACCUUCCUGCCUUCGCUGAUGGGCGGCUACAUCUCGAAUUCCGAAUCGGAGGCGUCGGAUAUCGACAUCGCCCCCCCAAAGAAGCGUUUAGGCCAGAAGCAGCGCCAGGCUAUCUGGGAGAAGAAGUACGGCGCCAAGGCAAAUCACGUCAAGAAGCAGUCGCAGCAGCAGAAUGGCAAGCGCCGGGACGACGGCUGGGACAUGAGGAAGGGAGCCGUCGAGGCCGAUGAUGGCAAGGGCGGCAAGCCUUGGAAGAAGGGUGUGUCUAACCCUCUUGGCAGGCAGGGGCAAGGCAGAGACGACCAGAGACCUCAGUCUUUCGAAAAGAAGCCGCCUCCUAAAAAGGAUAACGAGGGGCCACUUCACCCCAGUUGGGAAGCGAGGAAGAAAGCCAAGGAGGCGCAAGCUACGGUUUCGUUCACGGGCACAAAAAUCACGUUUUAG